AGUGCUUUCACAGACAGCAGAGGCAUUUGAGUCGGGGCACACAUGCUUCAGCAGUGAGAGGCCCACUCCCCUUGGCUGGCUGGCAUCCCAGAGCAGAGGCAGAGAGACUGAGGCUGAGGUAUUUAGCUAAAACAGACUUGAAAGAGACAAGCAAGUGGCUCGGAAAGCAGUUUAGAGAGACGAGAGAAGGACGGAAGGUCUGAGGAGAGUAGUGCAUUCAGCAGUGAGCAGUUUGACUCGACAGUUAUGGCGGACACAGGGAUCAAGAAGGAGCACGCACAGGUGCCCUAUGAUGACGACGAGGUGGCUCUGGUUGGCGCCGCCGCAGAGCCGGCCGUGGACGAGGACGAGGACGACCCCGCCGAGGAGGCCCGAGGCCGGAGCGAAGCCCAGAUGAACGGGGUCAUGGUUCUGUCCCUGCUGGACAAGAUCAUCGGGGUGGUGGACAAGAUCCAGCAGACCCAGAGCGGGCUCGAGGCUCGGCAGGAGGCCAUGGAGAAGUCGGUGUCGUCCAUCCAAGGGGAGCUGGCGAAGCUGUCCAAGAACCACGUCGACACGGCCAACACCGUCAACAAGAUGCUCGACAAGGUGCGCAAGGUCAGCGUGAACGUCAAGUCGGUGCGGAGCAACCUGGAGAAGCAGGCGGGCCAGAUCAAGAAGCUGGAGAGCAACGAGAGCGAGCUGCUGAAGAGGCGCAACUUCAAAGUCCUCAUCUACCAGGACCAAGUGAAGACGCCGAAAGAAUCCAAAUCUAAGACAGCAGAGACGGCUGAAGGGAAAGCAGCGGAGGGCCUGGAGCAGAUAGCUGAGGAGGGACAAGACGGAGACAAAGCAAACCCCAAUUCCGAUGAAGACAUUGUGGUGGAUGAAAUUGUCAUAGAGUCUCGUACGAAACGCAUCCAACACGCCACCAAGCAGCAAGUGGACAACAUAAAGAAGGUCUUCUCCAAAGAGCAGAUGGAGAAGACCAAACUAAAGACCAAGGAAAACUUGGAAAAAACCAAGCAGAAGACCCGCGACAACCUGGAGAAGACGAGGCAGAAGACCCGCGACAACCUGGAGAAGACGAAGCACAGCCUGGAGAAGAAAAUGGGCAAACUCGGCAGCCGCAUGACCCCGAACCAGGAGCGCCGAGCCAAAAUCAAAAGCUCCAGAGACAAGAUGAAGAAGUCCCUCACCCCCAACCACCCGACCUACGCCCGCUCCAAGACCACCGUGUACCGGGUUCCUCCCUUCACCUUCCACGUCAAGAAGAUCCGAGAGGGAGAGGAGGAGGAGGUGGUGGUGCAGAACACAGAGAUGGUGGAGGUGACGGACGUGGAGGCCCAGCCAGAGGGAGAAGAGAUGGGGCCGGGCGUGGAGGUGGAGGAAGGGGAGCUGGUGAAUGUAGACGGCCCAGAAAUGCAGGCUCUGUUAGAGGUAACUGAGGACUCUCUGGUGGAACCAGAGUAUCUAAAGAAGGCCCAACGUGAAUAAAGCCUCUGCAGAUAAGUCAAGGAAGAAGAAGGGAACAGUCUUGAUGAUUGUGUCAGAUGAGAAAAGACACAGUAAUGGUCAUAGAGACUUUCUAGAGAUGAUCUAAUCUGAUCUCUAUUCUCUCUCUCUCUCUUUUUUUUACCCAACAGGGAUGACUCAUGUUUGCUCAUAUAUCAGAUUUUGUAACAAAAAUCAGAGCUAGCUCAUAAAAUAUCCAAUAGGCUGACUGUUGUGCUUUCUUAGAGUAUUUGCUGUUGGUUUGAUUUAUUGUCUAUAAGGGCAAAGAGCAAAUAGUUUAAACAAGUAAAACAUUUUAACUUAAAUAUAAGAAAUGUUUCCCUUUUUUGACACAUUAUUAUACGAAUGAUAAAGGAAAGUGAAUGCCAAGGUUUAUGUGCUAAAGGAGGCUUUAAUAUGCAUAUGUGAAACAGAGAGAAGGUAUUCUUGGAGAAAGAAAAAAUGUGUUGAGGUGUUGAAACAAGUUUAGUUCACGGUAUUAUAACUCAGAACUCUCCACACAAAAUGUAAAAGACGGUUUGUACACUUUCUGUAAUUCAAUUGUUGAAAGGUUUAGCAUUUUAAGGCUAGGCAGAAAGUCAAAAAAUGUACAUGUAGUACAUUUUUUACGUGCGUUGGCAUAAAGAAGUUGUAGGUUUUGCUAUAUUAAAAUYCUGGUACUCUAUUUUGUGUAGUACACUUAUAUUAACGCUUUAAGAAAAACAACAUUUACGGCUAAGAUUGCAGUUUAGAAUGGAAUGUGUGCUUGAAAUUGUGGUUUGUCACCUAUUGUAAUAWUCGAUUGUAAAUCAGCACAUUGUUUUUGUGCUCACCAAGCUUCACUGAGAGAAAAACAGCUGUCACCAUGGUCACAGCUCCUCGCAGAACACUUGCAUGUUCCUAAUUAACAAAAUAAAUAAAUAAAAGAACUUGACGGAAUCACAAGCAGAACAAGAAUGACCUGAAGAGAAGAUGACUGACUAUGUAAAUAUGAGAAUGUGUCCACUGUUUUAAAAUCGCCUGAAUAGGGACACACAAACGUCUGGGAUUUACGAGCGUUUGAAGGAAUGCAUAUCGCUCACCUUUCAUUAUUUGCUAAUAGUGAUAGAGGAAUAAUAAUCCAGAACACAAUCCUUUUUUACAGACACCUACUGCACAGUGUGCAGUGUCCACACAGUUUAAUGUUAAAGAGGAGUAAAGCGGCUCGAGACAGUGUUCGAGCCUCGUUACAUUAGAUCGUGAAAGGAAACUGAAGCUCCAGACAGGAAAAACWGRAGUGCUUCUAUUUUCUCCUCCUUGUGUGGCCUUGAUUUGUUGUAGACUCACAGAGGCACACCGUGCGGCAAGGAAGCACCACUGAAAUAAUCAAUGGGUGGGGUAAUGCAAUUAGGCCGAGUGCUCUCCGUAAAAAAAAAAAACUGAGCGGAGCCGAGAACAGUGACAAGACAAAGGAUGCACAUGUUAGAUAAUGUGAGGACGAUGAUUACCAUUCUUACUUUUAAAGCAAUCAGUCACGGGCCUGUUAGGUCACAUAUUAUAUUACAGCUUUAUCUUUGCAUUGACUUUAGCGAAGAUAUGUAAUCUGUCUCGCUUGCUACUAAAAGGUAUUUAUGUUUUUGCCACAGUGUAUGUUCACCCUUGUUAAAUUGCUUUAGUUGAAACUGAAACCGUUUGCAAAAACUGCUUGGGUAGAUUUGGCACAGUUUUUGUAAAUCCUGCAGUACAAUGGGACAUCUUUGGUUUAUAUUUAGUUUCACUCACUCAUAUUUGCCAAAUCCUUAUGUUAACGACUUUUUUUGCCCUACAAGUUCAAUAUAAAUAAAAGCUUAUUAAAUAA